GCCCACUUGAAGUAACGUGGCCGUCAAAAAGGAGCUACACUGUGCACAGCACUUGGUCAUCCAAUACAGACAAUAACACGAUUAGUGCUGAGCAGGAGAUCCUCUCUCGAGUGCCCUUAGCUUGAAGCGUGGUCCCCACACCAGUUUGGAGUGUUGGUGGAGAGAUAUUGCGAAUGUUAUAAGACAUGGCAACAAUGGAUGCAGAAGACUGCAUAAGGACAGAUGUGGACACAGUGACCGUGUUACCGUGUGAGGAUGAUGUUAGGCAGGACCUCGAGUGUUCUGAAGUGGAGGACCUGAAGAAUAGCCUCCGUCAGGCGGUCCACGACCAGGCGGUCCGACCCAAGAUGCAGUGCCUGAUGAUGGACCCGUCCUUCUCCAUGGUCACCAUGCAGAGUGAGGACAGCGGCAUUGAGUGGGAAACCAGUGCCAGCCGCUGCCCCACACCGUGGGCCUCCGAGGCUGGAAGCAUCGCCCUUGAAUCGUACGCGGUGCCCUCCUUCCGUCCCGCCACGCCCGGAGCCCUUCCGGCAGGGAGGAUCAUCAUCGUGAUGGAUGAGGAGAACAUCCACAGGAAGAAGAGAUCCAGAGACAGAGCCCCGAGCGCCGCGAGUAUCAGACGGCAGCAGCAAGAGGCUUUAGAAGAGCAGGAUGAGGUCGUUGGGAGGCCAGAAUUAGUGGGGUUCUCGCUUCCAAAUGUCAAGGCCGACCAAGAACAAGAAAAGGAAGUGGAAAAUACUGCAGGAGAUCAUGAGCAACAAGUGUUCUGCUUGGUGGCCGAAGGCUCUGAGAUCCUUAACAUCGUUGUUCCUUCUAUGUUAGCAUCGGUGGACGAGGAAGAGAGCACGGCCAUGGAAGACAACCUGUCUUAUCUGGAGGAGAGCCUGGUGAUCAAGUCUACCGGAACAACCAACGAUUACACAUCUGGGUUGAACGAUGAUGAACCCAUCUUAACCAAGGCAGUGGUCCGAUUAAAUGCAAAUGAAACUGGUUCCAAUGUGAUGGAUCCACCGGGGGCCCCGGUGAUGAAGCCUCCGGCCAGAGAAGCCACUUCAAACAUGGAUUACUUUGAGAAGUUCACCUUGAUUGAUGCUCAGGCCCCAGGCAGUCCUGCCGUGAUCAAAGGUGGACCAGAGGACCAGCAGGCAGAAGAACAAGAGGAAGCGAAGGAGAGCCAGGACACCAAGGAGCCCAAUCUCAGUCGGAGUAGUCGGGCAGUUAGCGUGGACGAGGGGGAGGUGGAUGAGGACGAAGAGGACAUGGCACUUCUCGAUGACGUUUUCUAUGGUGGCACCGAUGACGUUAUGGUCCAAGGGGUUUCCGAUGUCGAGGAAUGCAGAUCCCCUCGACCCCCUUUGAAGCAGAGCGGUUCUGCCUUGUUUGGAAGUCAGGAGGAAAUUCUCACUCCCAUCUUUCUCCCUGAGGGACCCGCUAAGAUCAUUGACCAGAUUCUGUUUGAAGAGCCCAAAGCCAUGGCGUUCCUCUACACUGACCUGUAUGAAGAGGCGACAGGCAGCCGGGUGAAGGAGGAGGAGGACACACAGAGCCUGGCGUCCGAGAAGUCUUUCCACAGCCGACACUCCGACAGGGAGGCCAGGGGAUACCUGGAGAAAUACGUCCUCAAAGACGAGACCCCCGUGAUGGAGACAGCCAAGAAGGAAAACAUUCAGGAGGAACUAGAGGGGAUUCGAGUAUUGUCCCAGGAUUCGUAUGAUUUGGGCGAAUUGCCCACAAAUCCUGAUAUCAAUGACGAGGACGAAAUCACAGACUUUUUUAGAUCUAGUGGAAAUUCCUCCCCGUGUGACAUGAAUCCAUUCAUGGCGCCAGCCCAGGAGGAGGAUGAGGCUCAAGCAAAGAUCAGGGCAAGGCUAGAGGUCAUAAAGUCAACCCAACAGAUGUUUCCAUCUGGUAAGCCCAGAGAAAAAGACUGCAAUGAAAACAGAACAGAGCAAACACAGCCUUCUGAAAGCUAUGAGUUUGUGUCAGAGGAUACAGAUCGGAGUAGUAAGCCUGAGGAUGACUUAGACUCAAGUCUUCCUGAUGAACCUGGGAUAGAGUUCUCUGAUGAAAUGCCGAAGCCAGUAGACCCUCCCAGAAGAAAGGAAGUCACAGCUCCCAAGACUUCCCUUGACCUGACGCCCCUGAGGGCCGUCGAAGGCCCGGACGAAGAAGAUGAGCCGGGUGUGAAGGAACAGAAGCUGGAAGACAAGGAAACGGCCUCCCCUGUGGAGACGGUCGACGAGGGAGACGGAGAGAGAGAGGAGAGCAGCAGGCAGCAGUGUGCACUGACUGCAGACACAGGGAAUAAACCCGGGAGUGUGAAAGACGAAGGCGACAGCAGUGGCUCGUUCGGAGGAUGCGAAGCAGACAAACAAACAGAUAUCUCUUCAACUGAAACAGCAAACAUAGAUUUGAGAUUAGACCAAGAAAGAAUCCAUGUGACUAAAUCGACUGGAGAAGAAGACCGAAUGUAUCCUCCUACAUUAGUGCCUGAGCCUGCUAAGGAAAAAGGACAGUGUGUUAUACUGUAUGUGACGCUGUGGCAGCACCGCGUUCAUUGCAACUCACCCGCUACCCACUCUGACGGCGUAGAGGUAGGCGUUUCACGUCCUAGGCGCAUGCGUGAGAUUCAGGCGUUUGCAAUGGAGGACUGUAUUCCUUCUGAGGACCGUCGGUCUCCUGCCUUCUGUGAUCAUGAAAACCAUUCCGACUUCUGUGAGGAAAGUUCGCCAGAGGACGCAGAAAUGGACGUAUUCGGUGGUCUUGCUGCCCUCCCUGUAGAGGUGUGUGAGAGACGCCCCACGUGUCUACGAUGCGGCCGCCCUCAGAAGGUCUGCCUCUGCCCCUUUCUGCCUGUGCAUCCUCUGGAGGUGUCUACAUGCUUGUAUAUAGUGCAGCAUCCAGCAGAGGAGAGCAGAGUCCUGCGCACAGUGCCCCUCCUCGCUGCUUGCCUGCCUUCAGGGAAAUGCAACGUCAUAGUUGGCAGGAGAUUCAGUGAAGAGAGGUACCCUGACCUGGCAGCAGUGUGCCGAGACCCCAGGACCCUGAUCAUGUACCCGGGCCCUGGAGCCCAGAACCUGGAGGAACUGCUGCCGUCUGACCCAGAGGCAAGGAGCCUAGGCUACAAUGUGAUCUUAAUAGACGGCACCUGGAGCCAGGCCAAGGAUCUCUUCCUGAGGAACGACCUGCUCCACCUGCCCAAACAGGUCCAGCUCAGCAGCACUCUGUCCAGUCAGUAUGUGAUCCGCACUCAGCCCACCAACAUCUGUCUUUCCACCCUGGAGUGUGCCGCCCUCACGCUGUCCACGCUGGAACGGAAAGAGAGCAUCCGAGAGGUGCUGUUAAGGCCCCUGAACGCUCUCUGCACCUUCCAGCUCCAGCAUGGCGCUCAGGUCCACCACAGCAAGGAGCAUCUGCUGAGGAACGGGCUGUACGACAGGCCCAUGCCCAAGAACAAACGCAAGAUCAAGAGGAUGGAGAAACUGGUGACUGACCAAAACAUUUGACCAGUGGCUCCAGGCAGCGGUCUGGUUCUAUCAGGGACUUUGGGGAGAAACUGAGUUUGGAUUUGGCUAUCAGACGCCAAACCAGUGGACACGCAAUAUAAAUAAAAAACUGGUGACAUUGGAGCUAUCUACAAAUUAUACAACAUAGCAUUCAUCAGGUUUGUGUUACAUCGUUUGGACGGAAAGGCCUCUGAUUGGAAGGUGCUGGACAAUUUUAUUGCAAUGUGUUUCUACAUUUGAAGUGCUCAGUUUUCAAGUCAACACGGUUUGUUCCCUAUACUGUCUGAUUGGGAUAACUGCACUGUGUAAGAAAAUGAAGACAUUUAUGGGUUUUAUAUAUUCUUUAAAACAUUUUGAUGAACAUUGCAUCAAAACAUACCUAAGUAUAAUCGUAAAUACUUUGGUUCUGAUGUUGCUCUUUGCUCUUCCUGGUAUAUUAUUACGACAAACCGUUUGAUAUAUAAAGUUAUUUCCAUAUGGCAACAAGACAGCUCUGUACAGUUGAAGUGUGUCCGUAUUCCUCGCCACUUUAAUGUGUGUAUUUUAACCUCAACCCAGGUCCCUUUUUAAUAACGGUAAAACAAAAUUUUAAUGGACAAAAAGCAUUCUUACACCUUUGUGUUUUGUUCUCUCUUCAAAACCUUUAUUGGACUUGUUUCUGGAUGUUAUGUAAUGGCAAUAACUAUUUUAUACUAGUAAACAAUAACGCGGCUGGUGUUUACUGGCUUUCAGUAUAGACUGGCGGCUAUAGAAGCGGCCUGGAAUUAGUUUACAGCUGAGUCACAUUAAUUUAUUUAUCCACACAACCCUUUUAUGCUUACCUCCAAGUUUUGGAAAAACCUUUCGUCCAUAGUAAGUCAAUCACACCCUCGUUCAUUUCUAACUGCAGUGAUGCACCUGUCACAUAGAGAAUAAAGCAAAACCACUCACUUA